UCCACCUGCAACUGCACACAGAUGUUCAUAAGAGACAAGUUUCUUCCGAAUCGAGAACAAAGAAAGUAUCGCCAAGUCGUUUGUUGACAGCGACCCCGCUGAGAUUCCUCCGCGAGAGGCCGCUUCUGAGUGCAGCUGGCCUGUUGUUUGCGUCCGGUUCGGCAGUCUACUUUUAUAGCAAAUAUUACGGUAUCGGUGAGGAUGCACUGGCCACCGUGGAGAGCGUGGACCGUGUUGUCACGGUUGAGGAGGAUAAUGAGCCCACCCUGGACCAGGAGGACCCAGUCCUUGUUCAGUAUGUGGUUGAGGAGGUUGGGCACUGGCCCUGUCUGGCUUUAAUCCCUUGGUCUGGACCUCUGUGGGUUCCCAGCUCUCCAACAUAUUACCUUACCCAUGCUGGGAGGAUGCUGGUGAGAGAGCUGGCAGUGUUAAACACGCAGAUAUUCACAGUGGAGCAGCCCAUUUCCAUCUGUUUCACUCCUGCUAUGAGGAUGGUAUGGAAUGAACUGUCCUCUCAAAAUGAACAGUAUGUGGAUGAGGAGGUUGGGCACCGGUCCUGUCUGGCUUUAAUCCCUUGGUCUGGACCCUUGUGUGUUCCUAUCUUUCCUGUCUUCUCCAAGGCCAAACCAGUCUACUACCUCACUCGUGCUGGGAGAAUGCUGGUAACAGAGCUUGCAGUGUUAAACACACAGACUUCCAAAUUGGUUAUUGAGGAGCCUACCAUUCACCUCACUGAAGCUGGGAGGCUAGUGCUUGACGAACUGUCAGCACCUUCAGAUAGCCAUUCACAGCCAAAUAGGGAAGACUCUGGUUUUCCCUAUGAGAAGUUGCAGCUGGUUGGGAACUGGGGUUCGUUUCAUUUCCAUUACUGGAAGAUCCAUUAUAGACGAGUGCAGCAAAAUGAAGAGGACAUGCAUCACCUGUGCAUUGUGAGGGGAGUGGAGAAGCAGCUGUGGUGGAGCAGAGUCAUCCAGGAAAAAAUCCUGGACCCAUGGGGUCUCGUCCAGGUGGUCCUCACCAACAAGAAGGUGACUGGUAUUAAGUUCCUUGGUAGAAGGAUCCAUGGACUCAUGUCCUGCCUUGUCAAGAGGAGGUCUGAGUUCACCUAUUAUGAGGAUGCCCAGCAGGUGGAUAUCUCCACCACAGUGGAGGGGUACCAGGAGAGGGGGAUGAGAUGA